CUAGUGCGCAGGUAGGAUGAGGUUUUUAGUGGCCCUAGCCGUGUUACUGUCCGUGGCAAAUGCAGCCGACAUUCGGGAUUCGGAAACCAAAGACUGGUACGAACAUGCGACGUUCUAUCAGAUUUAUCCUCGCUCGUUCAAGGAUAGUAACGGUGACGGGAUCGGAGACCUCCCCGGGAUUACAUCGAAACUCGAAUAUUUGGCCGAUGCAGGAAUUAACGCGGUUUGGUUGAGUCCUCCGUUUCCCUCGCCGAAUAUGGACUUUGGAUACGAUGUAUCCGACUUUUAUGAUAUCAACCCAGAGUACGGGACUCUGGAAAACUUCAAAGAAUUAGUCGAAGAAGCACACAACCAUGGUAUUAAAGUUUUGUUGGAUUUUAUUCCGAACCACUCCAGUGAUAAACAUGAAUGGUUUAAUAAGUCUGUUGCUAGAGAUCCUGAGUAUGAUGAGUUCUAUACAUGGCAUCCGGGAAAGGUGGUUGACGGGGAACAUCAGCCUCCGAACAAUUGGAUUUCCGCAUUUGAUGGUGACGCGUGGUCCUUCCAUGAUGAACGACAGGAAUAUUAUCUGCAUCAAUUCUCGGAAAAACAACCAGAUUUGAACUAUCGCAAUCCAAAGGUGUUGGAAGAAAUGACGAAAAUGUUAUUCUUUUGGUUGGAUCACGGAGUUGAUGGGUUCCGAUUGGAUGCGAUUAAUCAUUUAUUUGAAGAUGAAGAACUGCGGGAUGAGCCAUUAUCGGGAGAGUGUGAUCCCAAAAAGUAUUGUUAUCUGAAUCAUAUAUACACUAAGGAUGUAGAAAACGUCUACGGUGUAGUAUACGAUUGGCGCGACCAGUUGGAUCAGUACUCGAGCGAAAACGACCGAACGGUUAUCCUUAUGACGGAAGCAUACUCCAGCAUCGAGGGCACGAUGCUGUAUUACGAAAGUGCGAACAGAACCCGCCGGGGGGCUCACAUGCCGUUCAACUUUCAGUUAAUUUAUGACUUCAAGAGUGACCAGAACGCGGUCGGGCUGAAACGAUCCAUCGACUGGUGGUUGGACAAUAUGCCGGCACGACAUACCCCGAGUUGGGUUGCCGGAUCGCACGACCAUUCUAGGGUGGCAACACGGGUUGGAGAAGACCGAGUAGACCAGCUCAUAACCUUGCUGCAUAUGCUGCCGGGAACCAGCAUCACUUACUAUGGCGAGGAGAUCGGUAUGCUCGAUUACAAGGAAGCGCAAAAGUUUGACGGCCGGGAUCCAAACCGAACCCCGAUGCAAUGGGACAGUACAACCAGCGCCGGUUUCAGUACCAACGGAACCACGUGGCUCGACGUGCAUCCACAGUAUGCCGAGCGGAACGUGGCCGCACAACAGAACGAACUUCGCAGUACGUGGUACCAUUUCCGAAAUAUGACCUAUUUAAGACGGGAGAAGACUAUCCGCGACGGAGAUUUUCUCCACCGUACCAUAGGAACCAGUGUGUACGCUUUGCUGCGGGAGUAUCGCGGGGCUGAUUCGUACUUGGCACUGUUGAAUAUGGCGGGACAAGAAGAUACGGUUGAUUUAAGGGAUUUCGUGAAUCUUCCACUAGAAAUGACCGUUUACGUGGCUCAGCCGGAGUCCGCACAUAAAGCAGGGGACAUCGUAAGCAUUGGCAAGGUGCAGUUGGCGCCGUAUGACUCGAUUGUACUGAUGGCCGAUCUGGCGUCCUCGGCGAUGAUGAUUGGACUUCCGGUUUCGACCCUGUUGGUGAUGGUUUUGCGGUUUUUCCUGGUUUAGUUACAGACAGCAGCAAAGCAAACGAAAACGGAAGCCGGCUGAUGGAGCUUAAUCGAGGAUAAAUUAUUUGUAUUAGCCCCGUGGAGAGUAUGUACCACCACUCUGUCAAUAAUUGCGAUGGAUCGACGCGGGGCAGUUUUUCUUUAUUGCCGUUACGAUAUUCCAGCCGAUUGACCUAUUAUUUUUUACUUUCCGGUAAACAUUAUGUGGUUGAUAAGUCAUUAAUCUUAUUAAUUGUGUGUCCUCGUAAUGGGUUUUGAAGCUUUCAAUUCUUUUGGACCAGAAGGACAUAUGUCAGUCAACACUGGCUGACCUAGAUCAAUCGUAGGGAUCAGUGUCUUUGUAUGUUUGCUUUUCUGAGUAGAUAGGAAAAGUAGCACACAAUAAAUCGAAAGCUUCCAGCAUAGUACAGGGAUAACAUAAAUCAAAUAUAUUCUAAAUUUUGUCGGAUUGAUCGAAACAGACAGAAGGUGGGGUGCAACGUUAAGUAUUUUUGACGUAGGGCUUUUAAGCUAAACCCAACUUUUAGAGCACAAUUACGGACAAGCAGCUUGAUUACUGCAGUACAUUAGAUACUAUGAUACUAUAUUUACAUCAUUUUUUCGACAAAUUAAGUACUAUAAUCAUACUAUACUCGGUACUACAACUAUGACAACUGCCAACACCGGUUGCCGCCAUAGCGAAGCGGACGUAAGCAAACUAUCGUUAGUCGAUAUUUUCCAAACGAUUAGCGUUUGUUUUUGUGGUUUUUAAACGAUUUGAUGACUCCAUUAUCAUCCUAGGUUAGUUGUGAAAGCUGUAGAAAAGUAUUCAAUCUUUCGGAACGGUAGAAGGGUCAAAGCAGUGUAUGCAUUCCAUUCCAGUCUGAUAAAUGUUCAAAAAAUAUUUAGACAUGUUUAGUUAAUGAGUACAGGUCGGAAUCGAUUAUCCCGAAUGUCCAAAUUUUUUUAUUUCGGAUAAUCGAAUCACAGAAAAAAAUUUAAAUUUGCUAUCAAUGAACAUAAAAUGAAUAUUUUCUAUUGUUAUUUUACUUGUAUGAUGCAGUGGCGUAACCAAAAAUUAUUUCUGAGGAGAAAAGGGGUAAAAUCUUGAGAAGCAAAAAUAAAUAAACUAGACAUUGA